CAUCGAAGAGACGUUAUCUGAAGAGAAAAAAAGAGAAAGAAAGAGAUCUUUACUCAAAGUGCCAAUCUUCUGGAACGAGGAUCGGAGAACAAGCGAUCACCCUGACAUCAGCCUGCACAAGAUUUAGAACGAUGCUGUCCGUACAAAGUACAGUUGCCCUGGCAUUAAUGCUCUUCGUCUUGGCGGAAUACUCGGCAGCGAUGCCGACGAUCGACAAAGACAAGGGCAGAUUUUUGAACAACGUGAAUCUGGUGGACGACGACGGCAGCAUCGACAAGGUUCUGAUGAAUUACUUAUUCACCAAACAGAUUGUGAAACACCUCCGUAAUCAGAUGAACGUCAAUGACUUGCAGCGCAAACGGAACUUCUGGAGACAGUGCUCCCUCAACGCGGUGGCUUGUUUCGGUAAAUAGGCGCACAGCAAGACGGAGGAAAAACCAGGCGAGAGAGAGAGAGAGAGAGAGAGAGAGAGAGAGAGAGAGACGCAAAGAGAGAAGAUCUACGUUAUCUCCGGAAAGUUCAGGAAACUCUCAUAACACGAUAGGAUACAUCCAAAAUCUACUCAUUGAUUAAAGUAAGGUUGAGCUUAAAUAUGGCUGACAUUCAUGAUUGGUAUUUAUUUCCAGAUAUGUUACUGUUAUAUUAUGUUACAUUUAUUAUUGAGUGAGAUAUUAUAAUGAAGACACAACGCUUCUUAAAUAGUGCUUCUCGCGGAACACGAAUUAGCAGUAACAUUACAUUAAUAUUACAAUUUCUUACUGAACAAUAUAAAUGUAAUAUAACAUAUGUUACAUUAUAAUUGUAAGAACAGUUACAUUAUAGAGUAGGAAAUUGUAACAUUUAAAUGACAUUAAGAUGCCAAUAUGGCUUGAAAUAAGAAUCGAAUACGAAUUUGCGAUUGAUGUCUUAAGAUUGUAUUUAAGACAUCAAUCUUUGAUGUCACUUCUUGUGUGACAUACUUGCUCGAGGUUUUUUAGUUUGCCAUCCCAAA